AUGCCUCGCUUCGACGACGCUGACUUCGCCGUGGACGCUGCCCCUGCUCCGGGUGCCCGCUCCCCCCGCGAUGCUCGUGGUAGCGCUGCUGGCUCUCUGCCCAUCCCCAACGAUGCUGGCAACACUGUCGAGAUCCCCGCUACUCGCAGCUCCAUCAGCGAUGCUGCUCAGUACAUGCACAACCUGAGCUUUGCUCCCUCCUCCCGGGACCGUCGUGGCUCCCGCAACUCCUUUGGCACUUCUCUGCCCAUCCCCAGAUCUCCCCGUGUCUCUCGUCUUUCCUCGGUGGUCACUGCGGAUGUUUCCCGCGACAUUCUGGCCUCUCAGGUCCAGGACAUGUCCAAGGAGAAGGUCGCUGCCGCCAAGAACAUGGCCUUCGCUUUCGAUAUCGAUGGUGUCCUGGCCCACGGUAACGAGGCCAUUCCGGAGGCCAAGGAGGCCCUCGCGAUGCUCAACGGUGACAACGAACUGGGCAUCAAGAUCCCCUACAUUCUCCUGACCAACGGUGGUGGUAAGACCGAGGACGAGCGCUGCGCCCAGCUCACCGAGGUCCUUGGCUGCCCCAUCUCCACCGACCAGUUCAUCCAGUCUCACACCCCAAUGCAGGCGUUGGCCGAGUACUACGAGACCGUCCUGGUCUGCGGUGGUGAGAAGCAGAAGAUCCGCAAGGUCGCUGAGAACUACGGCUUCAAGAACGUCAUCCACCCCAAGGAUGUCCUCGCCUGGGACCCCACCAUCUCCCCAUGGGGCUGCUUCCACGAGGAGGACCGUCUCGAGGCCAAGCCCCGCGACUUCUCGAAGAUCAAGUUCGACGCUAUCCUGGUGUUCGCCGACUCUCGCGACUACGCCACUGACAUGCAGCUCAUCAUGGACCUCCUCCUGGCCGAGGACGGAAAGCUGCUGACCCGCGCCAAGGACCCCGUUGCUUCCCGCAUCCCGGUCUACUUCUCCCAGGGUGACCUGGUCUUCCCUACCGACCACAAGGGUCCCCCCCGUCUGACCCAGGGUCUCUUCCGUAUCUCCAUUGAGGCUCAGUACAAGGCCCUCACCGGUGUCGACCUGGAGCGUGUCGUCUACGGCAAGCCCGAGCGCGCCACCUACACCUACGCCGAUGAGGUCAUGAAGGCCUGGAUGGAGCAGAUCCACAACGAGAACCGUCUGCCCGAGAACAUCUACAUGGUCGGUGACAACCCGGCCUCCGACAUCUGCGGUGGUAACAUGCACGGCUGGAACACCUGUCUGGUGCGCACCGGUGUCUUCCAGGGUAAGGACAACGACGACAACAACCCGGCCAACUUCGGUGUCUUCCCCAACGUCCUGGAGGCCGUCAAGUCUGCCGUCCGCAAGGAACUCGGCCAGGACUUCAAGUUCAAGUGGAACCCCAAGGUCAACCCCGUCCUCCACGGCGACGGUGCCUCUGCUGUCGAGUAA